AUGGUACUAGUCAUAUCAACAACACUAGCCGCUAUAUCAGUUGAUCGGUUUCUCUUUAUUGUCAAACCACAUCUUCACAACCGGUUCAUGAAACCCUGGGUAGCACUGACCCUCACCAUUGCUAUCUGGAUAUUGUCUGCUGUAUAUACCACUUUUUAUAUUUUUGGACUCGACUUUGACCUCUAUCAGUUUAAUUCUUCAUUUUGUUUCCUACCAAGUAGUUCAAGUCGUGGUUUUUUGGGUAUUUUUGCAACAAUUAUUAUACUUGGGAUAAUAGUCGUCACUACUCUUUGGACCUUUUGUUUCACUAGAAGGUUCUUCAGAGAUCAGUCAGUGAUAGCAGGAGAGAGUGCAUAUACUUCAAAAAAGAAGAGACUCUUUGGAAUAUUUGGAAGCAUGCUACUCAUCUAUGGGAUAUGCCUUGUUCCUGCUUUCAUCUACUCUCUACUUUAUCUGUUUAUUGAUGUACCAAUAUGGUUCAUCAUAGUUGGUACUAUCUGCUUCCUUUUUAUUACAGUAGCUAAUCCGGUUAUCCAGUCAUACUUCAGACCUGAGAUUAUGAGUGUUCUUGUAUCAUGUUGUCCUUUUAAACUUCGUGCAUGCUGUUAA